GCACGCGCGCGCUCAUCGGCGGCGGCCUUUGCGCACAGACUGCGCCACCGCCGCUCCCGCGGGUUCCCACCGACACGUGCGGGUCCGGUCUCGCUCGCUGCCAGGUUUUCUCAGCGUCCAAGCCCGAAGCCGCCUUUGAUGUUGGCGCGCGGACGCGCCGAUGUCUUCCUCAGCUGUGCCUAAUCCAAACUCCGACGGCAGCGUGUUUUCUUAGGUGCGCGCGGUUCCCAGAGCUGGGGGCGCGCCAAACGUUCGGACACAUUGUGAGAAAUAUCCGCGUUGUAGCCUUGGAAGCUGUCAACAACACAAUUACCCGCACCAGAACCAAAACACAUCAACGCUGCGGAGCCGCAGACGAACAGAAGCAACGGCGCGUUUCAUUCUGUGGGUGAGAUUGUUGCUGCGCAGUGAACGAAGCUUCGGCUAAAACCUGCAGAAACGCAAAAAAACCAAAACAUUGCAACGUGACCAUCUGCUGUGCAGCUUUUACUGGUGCAGGUUUGGCGCUGAGGGGCAGAGUGGCGCAGGCGGUUGCACGCUGGUGUCAAUUGCGUAAUUAGUGCUUUUAAUGCGCCUCCAGUGACGAGCUCGGCUGUUUGAGGGGCUUCAACGCUGCCGUGUGAACUCAAGGGGCUUGAAAUGUUACACCUUCCUUUGCAGCUGGGCUGCAUCUGCAACGCUGUUGUCUCCCCCGGAACAAGCCGCCACCGGUCCCGGCCCGCUCCGGGCAGACACGACCCACAAUUCAUUAUUUACGGCUUCGUGGCAAAGCGCGGCGGCACUUCGAGCCGCGCGGCCGGAACCUUUUGCGGCACCUAAAGCUGCGCGGCCAGUUGCAUUGGACCAAGCGUCUUGGAAGGGAAGAGUGGCGCUGAGUGGGAAAACACCAGUAAGUGCAGAUGUGGGAAGCUCUGCAGGGUCCUGGGGGGUGCAGGCGAGGCUGGGACGGGGCAGGGUGGGAGCUGAGCUGGGCCCAGCCAAUGGGCCAUGGUAAUUAGAUCCGGCCAAUGUGGGCCCUGGGCUCGGGCCCGGGGGCAUAUAAGGGGGGCCUGGGGCAACAGACCCCUCACAUCACUCAGAGGUCUCCUCUCAGCCUCCACCCUCCCACCGCCAUGGACGUCUUCUCCCCGUCCCAGCUCUACUACGACGGGGCGUGCGCCUCGUCCCCGGACAGCCUGGAGUUCGCCGGCGGCGGCGCGGAGCUCGCCGGCUCCGAGGAGGACGAGCACGUGAGGGUCCCCGGGGCCCCCCACCAGCCGGGCCACUGCCUCCAGUGGGCCUGCAAGGCCUGCAAGCGCAAGUCCAGCUUCGUGGACCGCCGGCGGGCCGCCACCAUGCGGGAGCGCCGGCGGCUGAAGAAGGUGAACCACGCGUUCGAGGCGCUGCGCCGCUGCACGUCGGCCAAUCCCAGCCAGCGGCUGCCCAAGGUGGAGAUCCUGCGCAACGCCAUCCAGUACAUCGAGAGCCUGCAGGAGCUGCUGCGCGAGCAGGUGGAGAGCUACUACGGCCUCCCGGCCGAGAGCGGCUCCGAGCCGGGGAGCCCGCUGUCCAGCUGCUCCGACGGCACGGCCGACGGCAACAGCCCCGUGUGGCAGCAGCUCAACGCCAACUACAGCAGCAGCUACUCGUACGCGAAGAACGAGAGCCUGGACAGCAAAGCGGCCGGCGCCUCCAGCCUGCAGUGCCUCUCCAGCAUCGUGGACCGCUUGUCCUCGGCCGAGUCCGGCUGUGGAGCGGCCGCGCUCCGAGACGCGCCCACCCUGUCCCCCGGCAGCGCCGACUCGCAGCCCGGCACGCCGCAGAGCCCCGGGUCCAGGCCCGUCUACCACGUCCUGUGAGGGAGGACGGAGGAGCCGUGGCAGCGUGUACAUGAGUCUGUAAAUAUGUAUGUAGAUGCCCAUUUAUUCUAUACAUGCUAUCGUAGCCACUGAGACCUAUUUAAUGUUGCAUUAUUCCACCUUCAAACAGUAUUUAUGCAGUGUUGUAAUUUGUUGCUGUGGCCAUUAAAUGUUUUACUGUUUUGUAAAGUU